UGUCUUUUAUACGACCUCAACUCACUCUCCCUCACUCCAUAUCCAAAUCUUCCUCUCUCACACGUACUCUCUCAAAGUGAUGGCUUUCAAUUCCAAAAGGGCACCAAUAUCAAGUUCAAAAGCCCUAGCUGAUGCAGCUUCAUGGUGCUGUGCAUGUCUUCUUGUGUCUCUUGUAUUGCUAUGCAUAUUCAGAGACAGUUCUGCCCUUCAUGAUGAUCAAGGGAACUUGAUGAGAAGCAGCCAUGUCUUGUCCAAGCCAUGUGAUGAAAUAUAUGUGGUUGGAGAAGGAGAGACACUUCACACAAUCAGUGACAAGUGUGGUGACCCCUUUAUUGUGGAAAAGAACCCUCACAUCCAUGACCCUGAUGAUGUCUUCCCGGGCCUUGUUAUCAAGAUUACACCCUCAUAAACAACAUAGCUAGAAUAAUAUUUGAAAGUUAAUUCCUAUACAUGUAUGUAUCUUUCUUCAAUAUAGAACAAGGAAAAAAAGAUUUCCUUAUGGGCACCCCUAAAGUUUUUAGUAGUUUUGGUUUGCUUGCUGUAUUUACUACACUUGCUUAACAAGGAAAAAGAAGUCCCUUGUACUCUUUUGGAUUGUGUUGUACAUCUUAUAAAUCAAUGUGAAAUUAGUCUACUAUAAUGUUAGGAGUUCUUUUUUAUUGUCUGAAGAAGUUUUGUUUUUAGGUGAUAAAUUGUAGCAGGGUUGGUUCUUAUCUCAA